CACGCUCAUACCGGCCGGCAGGGCGCAGAUGGCAAAGGCGGGCUGGAGGACCGGAGAAGACAGUGAUCGCGGAACAGAGGACGAGGAGGACGACGGGGAGCUUUGCGAGCGUGAACGCGCGCGGGUGCGACGCGGAGGCGGCGGCGUGCGGGCUGUAGACGCGUUUGUGCCCGACGACGGCUCGCUCGACCUCCUCGGAGCACUUCUCGCGGAUGGUCUACUGCUGCUUCCCGAUACAGCUAUGCUGUAAUGCGGUGGGGGGUCUGCUUCGGGAUGGAUCGACGUGAGAGGCGAUAUGGUGGCCGAAAAGUGUGCGCUUGAGUUAGCGUAGACCGCGGCUGGUACGGAUUCUGGUCGUGUUCCGGCUGACUGAAGCUGAAAAGCGGUCAAGAUCCUGUUGUACGACCAAUAUGGCACCCACGGACGCAAGUCGACC